AUGACUGAGAUUUUCAACUCAACUACUCUGGAGAAGUUGGCUUCUCCCAGUCUGAUUCAGGUGACAAAAAACGUGUUUGCCACCCAGAAUCAGCUUAACGUGUUUGAGAAAUUGUGGGCCUCAUGGUACGCAUACAUGAGAAAUGAUUCGUUGGCAACUGGACUCUUGUUCUUCCUUACACACGAGCUCUGGUACUUCGGAAGAUGCCUCCCAUGGUACAUUAUCGACAAGACACCAUACUUCAGGAAGUGGAAGCUCCAGCCUACAUACAUCCCUUCGGACAAGGAGCAGUGGGAGUGCCUUAAGGCGGUUCUAAGGGACCACAUGUGGCUUGAGGCCGCCCCAAUAUGGACAUUCCACCCUCUUUGCAAGAGUAUCGGAAUCAGGGUGACUGUUCCCUUCCCAGCAUUGAAGACAAUGCUUCUACAGUGGGCAUUGUUCUUCGUCUUGGAGGACUGCUGGCACUACUGGGCCCACCGUUUGUUCCACUACGGUAUUUUCUACAAGUACAUCCACAAGAAGCAUCACAGAUAUGCAGCACCUUUCGGAUUGAGUGCCGAAUAUGCACACCCACUGGAGGUCAUGUCGCUUGGUGCUGGUACCAUCAUGUUCCCAAUCAUCUACGCCUACUACACCGGAGACUUGCACUUGUUCACUCUUACCUGCUGGAUUAUCUUCAGGUUGUUGCAAGCUGUCGAUUCGCAUUCUGGUUACGACUUCCCAUGGUCUCUUCACCACUUUGUUCCAUUCUGGGCCGGCGCUGAGCACCAUGACAGACACCACCACUACUUCAUUGGUAACUAUGCCUCGUCUUUCAGAUGGUGGGACUUCUUCAUGGACACUGAGGCUGGUCCACAGAAGAAGGAUGCUAGAGAGGCCAGAAAGAGAUCUCACAAGAAGAUCCAGUGA